UAUUUUGUUUCAAAAAAUAUUUUUAAUAAAAUUAAGAAAAUUUCUUUUUAGUUCUUAGUUGUUACCAAAGUAUAUCAAACAAAAUGAAGGUGAUUUGUACGUUUUUAAUGGUUAUGGCAGUGGCGUUAUGUGAGCCCCCUGUACCAAAUAACUCAUAUUUACCACCAGGACAAGGUGGUGGAUAUAACAAUGGUCCACCCUCAUCUCAAUAUGGUGUCCCAGGAUUCGGUGGUAGUGGUGCACCCAGUCAAGAAUAUGGUGUACCCGGACAAAAUGGUGGUGGUAUUCCAAGCUCACAAUACGGUGCUCCAGGUUUAGGUGGUGGUGCUGCACCAAGUUCUCAAUACGGUGCUCCAGGUUUAGGUGGUGCUUCUGCACCAAGUUCUCAAUAUGGUGCUCCAGCUCGUGGUAAUGGAUUUGGUAGCCGAGGUAGUGGAUUUGGUUCAAGACGUCCAUCAUCAUCAUUUGGUGCAGCUAGACGACCAUCUUCUUCAUACGGUGUACCUGGAAUUACUGGUGCAAUUGCACGACCAAGUUCUGAAAAUGGUGCUCCAGGUUUCCAACAACCCAAUAAUGCUUAUCUUCCACCAAACGGAAACAAUGGAUAUCCAGCUGGUGGUAAUGGAGGAUACAAUUAUGGACGUGGUGGCUCAAACGGAGGCUAUGAUGAAGGUCCAUCUGAACCAGCAAACUACCAAUUCGAAUAUAUGGUAAAUGAUCCACCAUCCGGUAAUGACUUUGGACAUAUGGAACAACGUCAAGGUGAUUACACCCAAGGACGUUAUUAUGUUGUACUUCCUGAUGGCCGUAAACAAAUUGUUGAUUACGAAGCUGAUCAAAAUGGUUACAGACCUAAAAUCAGUUAUGAAGAAGGUUAUGCCAGAUACAAUGGCGGUGCUAACGGUGGUUAUGGACGUGGUCCAGCUGGUGGAAAUGGUGGAUAUAGUUCAAAUGGUGGAUAUGCUUCCAAUGGUGGAUAUGCUUCCAACGGUGGCUAUGCUUCCAACGGUGGUUAUCAAUAUUGAAAGCCAGAAGGUAUCCAACAAUGAUUGAUUUGGGAUAUAUGAGUAAUUUUUGUAAAUAUUUUUUUCCCAUUUGCUAGUGUUCGCUCUACGCUCAAUUUAUUUAAUUUUUAUGCCAUAUUUAAUUUUUUUUUAUAU